AUGCUGUCCACAACCAUGGUGGGGGCCCUGGUCAGAGGGUGGCGAAAUCGAAGCUCUCCUCGAAGGGCAGAAUCCAAGCUUCUUAUCCCUCAGAGCCAAGAUGAAAUUCAGACUCGAGAUGCGCACCAGCUGCGUCCUGAAGUGCGGUCAGCUCUAACACAAGCUCCGUAUCUCAGAACCACGGCCAGGCACUCCCGCUCCGGGGACCACGGGGCCAUGGAGCUCUCCGACAGUGACCGCCCGGUCAGCUUCGGCUCCACGUCAUCCUCGGCCUCCUCCCGGGACAGCCAUGGUUCCUUCGGCAGCAGAAUGACCUUAGUUUCAAGCAGCCACCUGGGCUUGUUUCCUCAGGAUAAGGAAGCAGGGGCCAUAAAACUGGAGCUGAUGCCAGCCAGGCCGUUUUCCAGCAGCGAGCUGCAGACGGACGGCGCGGCCGGGCCUCAGAGCACAGACGAGGGCGGCGAGCGGCAGCCCCGGGCACAGCGCAGAGUGGAAGCCAACGCGGCGUCCAAAACGGGGGCCGAAGCGGCCACCAGCCCCAAGCUGCUCUACGUGGACCGGGUUGUGCAGGAAAUUCUGGAGACCGAACGGACUUACGUGCAAGAUUUAAAGAGCAUCGUAGAGGAUUACCUUGACUGUAUCAGGGACCAGACAAAACUUCCUCUGGGGACAGAUGAAAGAUCAGCCCUUUUUGGAAACAUACAGGAUAUCUACCACUUUAAUAGUGAGCUUCUGCAAGACUUGGAAAACUGUGAAAAUGAUCCUGUGGCCAUAGCAGAGUGUUUUGUGUCCAAGAGUGAAGAGUUCCACAUUUAUACCCAGUAUUGCACAAACUAUCCAAGAUCCGUGGCCGUGCUAACAGAGUGUAUGAGGAACAAGAUGCUGGCCAAAUUCUUCAGGGAACGGCAGGAAACUUUGAAACACUCACUGCCUCUGGGGUCCUAUCUCUUGAAGCCAGUUCAGCGGAUUCUCAAGUAUCAUCUCCUUUUACAUGAAAUAGAAAAUCACCUUGACAAGGACACAGAGGGCUACGAUGUGGUGCUUGAUGCCAUAGACACGAUGCAGAGAGUAGCCUGGCACAUCAACGACAUGAAGCGGAAGCAUGAACAUGCAGUCCGCCUGCAGGAGAUACAGAGUCUGCUCACCAACUGGAAGGGCCCAGACCUGACCAGCUACGGGGAGCUGGUGCUCGAAGGAACCUUCCGCCUCCAGCGGGCCAAGAAUGAGCGGACGCUCUUCCUCUUUGACAAGCUGCUGCUCAUCACCAAGAAGAGAGACGACACGUUUACAUACAAAGCCCACAUCCUGUGCGGCAACCUCAUGCUGGUGGAAGUGAUCCCAAAGGAGCCCCUGAGCUUCAGCGUCUUCCACUACAAGAACCCCAAGCUGCAGCACACGGUUCAGGCGAAGUCGCAGCAAGACAAACGCCUGUGGGUUCUGCACCUGAAGAGGCUGAUCCUAGAGAAUCAUGCAGCGAAGAUUCCAGCUAAGGCCAAGCAAGCAAUACUUGAAAUGGAUGCCAUUCAUUACCCAGGCUUCUGUUACAGUCCCGAGGGAGAGACUUGUGGCUCUCGAAAUGGCUCUGCUCCGUAUCGGCUGAGAAGGAAAUCUGAACCUUCCUCAAGAUCACAUAAAGUUUUGAAGACCAGCGAAACGGCACAAGACAUCCAAAAGGUUUCCAGAGAGGAAGGGUCUCCCCAGCUGACUUCAGCAGGGCCCUCUCCUGCCCAGCGGAGCAGUCAGCCAAGCAGUUCUGCCAUCCUGAACGUGCUGCGUGGGGGCGGGGCCGUCAGAAACAUCUGGACCGACCACCAGAUCCGCCAAGCCCUGUUUCCCAGUCGAAGGUCGCAGGAGAACGAGGAGGAUGAAGACGACUAUCAGAUGUUCCUGCCAUCCUUCUCCUCCUCGGACCUGAACUCGGCCCAGCUGUGUGAAGAUAGCACUUCCAGUCGACCUUGCAGCUGGCACAUGGGACAGAUGGAGUCCGCGGAGACCCCCGGCUCAGGCCACAGGGUGGUGCGGCGGGCCAGCAGUGCUGGCGAGAGCAACACGUGUCCCCCUGACAUAAGAACUAGGGACAGUGGUGGCUCUCAGUACAGCUCCCGGAGGGAACUUCAGGGUGACCCUAAAACAGAGGGGCAGGACGGGACAACUCCCUACGGGUCCUCCAUAGAGCUGACUAUAGAUGACAUAGACCAUGUCUAUGACAACAUAAGCUACGAGGACUUGAAACUGAUGGUUGCUAAACGUGAGGAUGCUGAAGUCACUCCCCACAAACCAGUCAGGGACUCUGUUCGCCCCAAGAGCACCCCCGAGCUGGCCUUCUCCAAGAGGCCAGCGGGAACCGAGGAGGAGAGUGCAUUGCACCCCAGGAGAGAUGGAGCCCCCCCGGCUGGGGAGGCCUGGAACCAAAGCGUGCAGGACCAGGUGAUGGAGGAGAACGUCUAUGACACCAUUGCGCUCCCAGAGGCGCCCUCCCGGGACUUCAAGUGCAGCAGCCCGAAGCGUCCUGCCAGGAGCACCUUCCUGGGCUUGGAGGCCGACUUGGGGUGCUGUGAUAGCCUGCGGGCCUCUGCUUCCCAGGACAGCCUCCAGUUCAGCGAGGACGAGGCGCCCUACCCCCCAGGCCCCUCCGAUAACGAUUAUCUGAGUUUGCUCUAUAACUCCUUCGGCUGCAACUUGGCCCUAGCGGAUCGGUCCAUCUCUGAUAAACUGUCUGAAGAAGUAGAUGAAAUCUGGAAUGACUUGGAAAAUUACAUCAAGAAAAAUGAAGUCAAAGCCAGAGACCGGCUCCUGGCCGCAUUUCCCGUUAGCAAAGAUGACGUGCAGGACCGGCCGCUGGCAGGCAGCGCCCCGGAGCUGAGUGCGCGCUCCCCACUCUCGCUGCCCGCGGGCCGGGCUCUCCUCGCACCGCCCGGAGACAGGCCCGGGCCGGCCCCCUGCACCCUGGACCGCGCCCUGGACCGCGCCCCGGCCCCUAGAGACAGCUCCUGCCUGAGUCUCCACCGGCUGUCGCUGGCCAGUGACCUACCACCCGCGGAGAGUCCUUAUGAUGUGGCCGGCGGCAGCCUGUCCCCAGUAGACCUAGAGAACCCUGAGCCCGGGAUGGACAAUGUAGACAAGACCAGGAGCAGGGUUUUCCUGAUGGCCAGGCAGUACAGUCAGAAGAUCAAGAAGGCAAAUCAGCUGCUAAAGGUGAAAAGCCCGGAGCUGGAACACACGCCCGGUAGCCAGCCGCAGAAGCCCGCACCGAAGGACCUGGCGGCCAUCCUAGAAGAGAAGAGGCAGGGCGGGCCCGCCAUCGGUGCCAGGAUUGCUGAGUAUUCCCAACUGUAUGACCAGAUUGUAUUCAGAGAGACACCCUUUAAGACUCAGAAGGAUGGCUGGGCCAGCCCUCAAGAUCCCUCCAACCUCAGUUCUGCAUCACCUUCCCACGCCCAGCAGGGUAGCGAGGACUGGCUUUUGCAUUCAACCUAUAGUAACGGAGAGUUAGCUGACUUCUGUCCCUGGCCAGAGCAGGACUUAAAGUCAAAAUAUCCCACAUUAGAGAUCAAAACACGAAGUACCCCAAGACAACUGUCUGCAGCUUGCUCCGUGCCUUCUCUUCAAACCUCCGACCCUCUGCUGGGCUCCGUGCAGAGACACAGCGUGGUGGUCAGCCAGCCAAACAAAGAGAACUCCUGCCAGGCCCAUCUUUACAACUCUCUGGGUCGGAAAGGAAUCAGUGCUAAAUCUCAGCCUUAUAACAGGUCCCAGUCAUCUUCCUCCAUCCUGAUAAACAAGUCUGCGGACUCCAUCAACUACCCUAGUGAAGUGGCAAAGAAGCAGCCUCUGUCUUUACACAGAACUUCAAGGUGGGAGAGUCACCAGGAUUUGCUGCCAAGUAUUGCUGACUCAGGUCAACAGGGCCUUGAAAAACGCUCAGAUCUCACACUCCAGGACUCGCAGAAAGUUUUGGUAGUGAAUAGAAAUUUACCUUUAAGUGCUCAAAUAGCUACCCAGAACUAUUUUUCCAAUUUCAAAGAGACCGAAGGAGACGAAGAUGACUAUGUGGAGAUCAAGUCAGAAGAAGAUGAGUCAGAGUUAGAACUGUCUCACAGUCGGAGGAGGAAAUCUGACCCAAAGAUUACAAACGCUGACUUUGCUGAUAAUGUCUGCAGCCACACAACUUCUUACUCUUUGAAUAGUCCAUGCACUCCAAAAAAGCCAGUAAGUGGCAAACUUGGGAUUUCGCCGUAUCUGACACCAUACAAUGAUCCCGACAAACUAAAUGACUAUCUCUGGAAAGGGCCAUCUCCCAAUCAGCAAAAUAUUGUCCAGUCUCUAAGGGAAAAAUUCCAGUGUCUUAGUUCAAGCAGCUUUGCCUAA